UCUGAUGGAAUUGGCUGGAUCUGACUACCUCGAAUAUCCUGGAGUACCUCAGGACAAUAUGGUCAGGUAAAUAUUGUUACAAGUUUGAUUUCCACGUGCCGCUUGUUCUCAUGCUUAGUGAUGGGAAUAGUAGAAAAAGCUUCUAGUUCUUCAGUGUGCUUUUAUUCAUUCACAUAUUAUCCAUAUUUGACCCUGUGUCUCAUAGAAUGUUGAGUGAUGUGCUGUAUAAUAAGAAGAUGAGUUUUUCUCACAAAGAAUUGAUGGCCUUAAAAUGGAAUUUUUUUGUACAGCAUUUCUCGCACUUUUCCAGAGUGCCCUGGAUCCUGCCAUUGGAAAGUAAUAUGAUUGUGAUCACAGUGAAAGUGUAGAAAUAAUUUUCGACUGCUGAGGGAGUGUGGCCAAAGAGAGUUCUGACAACAAAUUCAUAGAAUAAAUCUCUGGAGAUCACAGAAUCAUCGUGAACAUCUUAUGACUUGAGUAUAGAUGUCCAGUGCUGUCAGUCUCACCCAUUCUCCUUUACACACAUUUGGAAUGUUUUAGGACUCAGUGACCUUUGAAGAUGUGGCUGUGAACUUCACCCAGGAAGAAUGGGCUUUGCUGGAUCCUUCACAGAAAAAACUCUACAGAGAUGUGAUGUGGGAAACCUUCAGGAACCUGGCCGCUAUAGGAACAAAACAAAAAGAAUGGAACAUUGAAGAGCAGUACAAAAACCAGGGGAGAAAUCUCAGAAAUCAUAUGGUAGAGAAACUCUGUGAAAGUAAAGAAGGUAGUCAUGGUGGAGAAGGUUUCAGUCAGAUUCCAAAUCUCAGUCUGAAUAAGAAAACUCCUUCUGGAGGAAAGCUUUGGGAAAGCAGUGUAUGUGGAAAAGUCUUGAGCCAUCAUUCAUCCCUUAACUGGCACAUCAGAUCUUACACCAGACACAAACUGUAUAAGUGUCAGGAAUAUGGAGAGAAGCCGUAUAAAUGUAAGAAAUGUGGGAAACCCUUCAGUUAUCUGCAGUCUUUUAAAAAACAUAAAAGAACACACAGUGCAGGGAUAGUCUACAAAUGUAAGGCCUGUGGGAAAGCCUUCAGUUGUCAACGUUCUUUCCAAAUACAUGGAAGGACUCACACUGGAGAUAAACCCUUUAAGUGUAAAGAAUGUGGAAAAGCAUUCCGAUAUCACCAGUCUGCUCAAAGACAUGAAAAGGCUCAUACUGGAGAGAAACCCUACAAAUGUAAGGAAUGUGGGAAAGCCUUUUAUUGUUGCAGUUCUGCCCGAAGACAUGAAAGGAUGCACACUGCAAAGAAACAGUAUGAAUGUAAAAAAUGUGGGAAAACGUACAUUACUCUUGCAGGUUUCCAGAUACAUGAAAGAACCCACACCGGAGAGAAACCUUAUGAAUGUAAACAGUGUGGUAAAGCCUUCAGUAGUUCCAGUUAUAUUCAUAUACAUGAAAGAAUUCAUACUGGAGAGAAACCCUAUGAAUGUAAAGAAUGUGGAAAACCCUUCAGUUUCCUUACAGGCUUUCGCGUACACAUGAGAAUACACACUGGAGAGAAACCUUAUAAAUGUAAGGAUUGUGGCAACGCCUUCAUUUGGCGUGCAUCCUUACAAUACCAUGUGAAGAAAGUGCACGCUGAAUAGAAACUAUAAAUGUAAAAUAUUGAAAGUUUUUCAAUUUUAACGAUUUUCAAAGUUGAUAUGAAAGUUCAUACUGGAGAGUAGUUGCAUGAAUGUAAGUAAUACAAGAAAGCCUGAUAUAACUUAAUUCAGGUAUAAUGCUCUAGAAAAUUCAUGCCAUGAAAAAAUAUUAUAAAUGUAUUAUCUUUAUCAGUGCCACAUCCCUUUUUGAUUCUUCCUAGUUUUUAAUAUAUUUUUAUUUUAAAAUAUUUUUAUAUAUGUGUAUAUAUAUGUAUAUAUUUGUAGAGACA